AUGGACAAUCAGCAGCGAAGACGCAUAUUGAGCAGGCUAGAAAAAGAUGUCCAUGAGAUCCUCAGUGGUGAUAAUGAUAAAAAUGAAACCGGAAUGUUUCCUUAUAAACUGAGUAAGCAUGACAAUGACUCGGAACAAGAAUGUGACGAUGAUUUGCAUCAAGUAUUUUCGAAUUAUGACGAAUCUUUGGAAAUAUCAAACGAAGAUCCUGGUGAACGAAUCUAUGGAAGCUCUCAAAUCUGCGUUCAGUGA